GCGAGCGGUGAGGACAAUAACGAGCACCGGCAAGCGACAACAACAGAAACAACACGGCAACCAUGGCAAUUAUUCUCAUAUUCCAUUUCAAGCGCACGGCUCAUUGAACCGUGCCCUCCGUGCUCCCCCCUCUCCAUCUUACGACCACUACCGCCUCUCUUUCCUCGGACGAGCUCGACAUGUUUUCGAGCCUUCUCACCUUGAUUCCACUCCUUUGGACCUCAUCUGUUGCUGCGCAAUCUGUUUCGGUCGUUUGCGUUGCAGGUCAAUGCCUGGAAGGAUAUACCAAUAUCACUCGUGAUGGGAGCGACCUUGUCAGCGUCGGGGUCCUCGACCAGCUUGCAACUCCUCCCGGGGAGUAUACCUCCACGACCAACCCCGAACUUCUUCAUAACCUUUUGACGUCCUCCAGCGCCGCACUCUCCGCCAGUGCUGGCUUCUCCGUCAAUAAGACUGUCUCGCUACCGCUGGACAUCACCCUCCAGCCCGGCGCCGCCCAACUCUCGGCAGGCUCUGUGGCACUCGCGUCAGAUGUCUGGAUGUCAGUAUCCGGCGCGUCGUCCAGCGACCGCAUCAUACUCUGGAGCUCUAUCCCAGAUGUCUCGCAGCUCCCUUCGAGCUCCCUGGGCAGCUCGCUCACGCUACUCGACAUGCAAUCGACGGCGUGUUCGUCUCCCUGUUCAUCUGGAGGCAUCUGCUCUUCAUCCGGCAAUUGUAUCUGCCAGAGCGGUUUCACGGGAUCGUCUUGCGAGUCUUGCGCGACCGGCCAUUUCGGACCUAGCUGCGAGCCUUGCCUCAAGUUCAACGUGACCGACGCGCCCUCGACUUGCAACUGCAUCAACGGCGUUUGCAACUCGAAGGGCCAGUGCACUUGCAACGCAGGCUGGACGACGUCAUCCAAUGGUACCGCGUGCUCGACCUGCGCGAAGGGCUACUUCUUGGACUCGAGCGGCAACUGCGAAGUUUGUGCACUGGGCUGCGAAGAGUGCGCCAGUGGUACCGGAGACUGCAUCACAUGCGAGUCUGGAUUCACUCAGAGCUCAAACGAUGCUACACAGUGCCUCGCAACUCCGCAGAAGACUUCUAGCGGUACGCAGUGCCCCGACGGCAGCUUCAGCAACGGCGCUUCCUGCGAACAGUGCUCGUCUCUCUGUCAGACGUGCAAUGGGGCAACGUCUAAUGAUUGCAUCAUCUGCGCCACUGGCUCAUACUCGUUCAAUGGAAGCUGUGUCACCGCAAGCAGCUCUGGCGUCUGCGAGAACUCGAACAUGAUCGCCAACAACAACAAGCAUGAAUGUGACAGUUGCCCGGCCAAAUGCACGACCUGCGAGAUCCCGAACUUCACGACUGCAUCGACGACCAACCAGGCACAGUGCACGGGUUGCAUCGCCGGCAAUGUACUCUCAAAUGGGUCAUGCAUUGAGAGUUGUCCGUCGGGUACUUUUCUUAACCCGAAGGAUAACUUGACAUGUACUGCAUGCGAUUCGUCUUGCAGCACCUGCACUUGCACGUCUUCUGCCCGUCUAACCCGUAAGCUCUCGGAGCUGCCUUGCCUGCCACCCGACUGCGCGACCUGCUCUGGGACCUCGUUCAACCAGUGCUCAAGUCGAUGCCUACCUACGUGUCGCAAUCGCAGUUCUUCGACACCGCGUCGUCCUCUGUCAAUCUGCGACUCCAGCUGCUCGAGCUGCUCUAGCUCGGGACCGAACAGCUGUCUGGCAUGCUCGAGUUCAAGUCAGAUCCUGCGCGGAGGCACGACUGGGCUAUGCCUCUCCGAUCUCGUCGUCACAGCCGCAUCUGGGUCGACCGCCGCGCCUCUCCCCACCAUAACGGGCAUCAACUCGAACACGAGCACCACCACGAGGACCUCGCUGACAUGGUGGCAGAUCCUGCUCAUGACGCUCGGCUGCGCCUUCAUCUUCCUCGUCAUCGUCGUGCUCUGGCGUCGGCGCAUGCGCAGGAAGCGCGCUCAGGCGACGAAGGCGUUCGCCGCGGCGAAAGGCUCAACAUCCGCGCGGCUGGCGCAUGCGCCUCCUGCGCUUCGGCGAGCGGCUCUUCGGGCACCGCAGCCUAACCCGGCGUGGGUGGUCCCGGAUGAGGAGCGCGAUAUCAAGCUCGAGCGGAUGCGCGCUACGGAUGACGAUAGGCACUUCAGGACGACGGAGAAACGCGGAGGGUACUCGCGCCAAGGAUCUCGCCAGCCGUCGCCACUGCCGUCUCUGCGCGAUUAUAGAGACGAUGAAUGGGAUGCUCGCAAGAACCAGCGUGGAUCGCUGGCGACGAUGUCGAACGACUCGUUGUAUACCCAUAUCACGGGGCAGCCGCGCCGUACUCCCGAGCCUCGCCAGCCCGCCCGAAAUGCCCGCGAACUCUUACCCUCUCGGUUCUCGGACACUACGUUGGGGUCGCACGAUGUUCGCAGGCUGGAGAAGGACAGGGCCGAGCGGGAUAGAUCGCCGACGCCCGCGCAGGAGUACGCACGGUCCUGGAUGGCGCAGGACGAGGAUACGGGCCGAGGAUCGUACUGGCUCAAACCUUCGAACACUGGAAGCUCGAAGAACCCGUUCCGGCGUUGAGGUGACUGUGCUUGACGUUAAGACCCUUUCAUGUUAAUUUGUUUCUCAUUUGCUUCGCAUUGCAUGGACCAUACGGAUGACAUCUGACACUUUGCGACGACGUCUCGCGCACGACUAUUCCCGCCUCAUUGUAGUAUACUUACGCUGUCAUGUCAUCACACUGUAGCCUUAAUGUACGCCCAUUCGAUAGCA